AGCUCCCAUUCUCCAUUUCUCAUUUCUCCCUUCAUCGUUGCAUGCCCAUCUGCACAUCUGCACCUCUACAAUCUGCAGAGCGGUUUUAAUGCCAAGUUCGCUUGACAUGUACCCAUGAUCUUGACAAGCACCUGUCAUUUAGGCCGUUGCUUGGAUCAUUAGGUGCUGAUAACCCGGGGGACCUUGGGCACCACCAGUUGGAUUGGAUGCAAUCCGAUUGCCCCGUUCCGUUGGAUUCAAUCAACCAAACUUCCGUAACACCUACCCCUGUUGAUCGGCUUGAAAAACCAUGGCCGAUGGCAACGCCUCCCGAUUCGUGUCGGGCGGGACGAUCGAUGCGCCUAUAGACAGAGACGAUGAGUGGAAGCAGGCGCAACAGGAGCUCGAAGAAGCAAGACGAAAGAAAUUUGAGCAAGAACAGCAGCAGGACGGGAGGAGCCUGUACGAAGUGCUAGAGGCAAACAAAGCUGCAAAGCAAGAGGCAUUUGAAGAGGCAGCCCGACUGAAGAACCAAUUCCGUUCUCUUGACGAUGACGAAGUCGACUUCUUGGACUCGGUACUCGAGUCCACCCGCGCAAAAGAGGCGGAGGUCAAAAAGGAAACGGUUAAACAAUUGGAGGCCUUUCGGCGGCAGCGAGAGGAGGCAGAAAGAAGUGUCGUGGUGAGCCACUCGCCGGAAAACGCUGGUCUGGAAGAAGAACAUUGGAGCGGUGCAAGAAAGCGGAAGAAAACGAAGGACAAGGAGGGUUUCAGAGGCCUCAAGUUACGCAAAACCUCCUCCGAUACGUCGUCUGUACUAGUGGAACCCAAGGCCAACGAAGCUGCCACCAGAGAAACAGUCCCAUCGGAAAAAACGCUGAAGAAUCCCGUGGUCGUGGAUACCACGAGACCAGCCGAGCAUGAACAUAGAACCAGCCAAAUUUCUACCGCUCAGGGGCAGCCUAAGUCGCAAUCGCCGAGUACGGUCCAAUCCAAGGGACUUGGCCUUGCUGAGUAUUCCUCGGACGAUGAUUAAGGCUACUUUCCCAGACAUGGAUUGGAAUUCCACAUUCCCAAAAACCAGAUUCAUAAACUGGUAUUGAAUUCUCAAGAAGUGCUUAUUCUGUGCCUUGCUGAAGCCGUGUCUGUGUCGCCUGAUCUGGGACUAUUGAAAACUCCAUGAAGCGAUCGUACCAGUCGGCCUAGAAGGUAUUUUUCUUCAUUGCUUACCUGCAUUUGGCAAUGGAUCUAUUUAUUCCGAAGAAUCCGGUUACCAUGACCGUUUUAAUUGAAGAUGAUCGAGCCCAA